AUGGGUACAAAAUCUGGUAUGUCCGGCGAGCGUUCGCUGGAGACCAGGAUUCAAGCCAAAAGGCACAAAGGACCUGCACAAUACGUACCUCCAAGACCAGAUAGGCCACUGGCCACAAUGGUCUGGAAAAAAAAUGAGUGCAAAGGGUUCAUUACAUCCUUUAUUAAUAGCGAACACAUCGUAGCCUUGCUGUCUGAGCCGUACACGGGGAAGGGUAUCGAGGUCAGGGCCGUUUUUUGCCAUGCCGAAAAGUCUUUAGAAAAGAAUUUCAAGAUGAAAGACUUUGGUACUAUAAGACAUUGUUUGGGUAUGAGAGUUGUGUGCAAUAAAGAUUCUGUAACAUUAGAUCAAGAGGGCACAUCAAAUACACCAAUGGAAUAUAACGAGAGUGUAUGUGGCGAUGAGCAUGACAAAGAAGAAAGAGAAGAUCAGCCAAAUCCGCUGGUGUUAGGCGAUUUCAUUGGAGAAGUUCAAGCAAACGAUUAUGACAGCUUUGAUUCCGAUGAUGACCUCCCUUUGUCUAACUUAAGGGAGCCCAACAUCGAACAUUCAAACAGGCCUACAGUAGCUCUACAGUGGAAGAAGAAUUAUAGGACGAACAUACCCGGUGAGUUUACAGAAGACGUGGGAAAAACGGAUCAAGUACUAAUGAUGGAGAAUGUUACGCCUCUUUCACUAUUUCACCUUUUUUGGACAGAGCAUUUACAGGACAUUUUAUGUUUUCAAAAUAACCUUUACGCUACUCAAUCUGGAAAGCCUUUUACUACCACAACUGAGGAGCUUGAUGCUUUCAUUGCCUUGAACUUGGUGGUGGGUAUAAAAAAAUUGCCGAGCCACAGAGAUUACUGGUCUUCAGCACCUAAUUUACAUGACAGUUUUGUUACCGAUUCAGUUGGCUUUUGA